CGAAAGAGGAAGUUUAAACCCAUUUAAGAGGAAGAUUACACCCAUAAAAAUUUCCAAAAAGAAAUGAUUUGCGUAGUUGUUACAAACACACUUAUUUAACAUGGCUUCGUACAGCAGAAUAGGUCAGGGUCGUACGUCUAUCCCUGUACGAGCUGGUGCCCUCAAGGAACGUGUGCUUGUAGCUGCCAUUGACUUCGGUACAACAUACUCAGGUUAUGCUUUCCAAGUCCGGGCUGACUUUGAGUCCGAUCCAUUAAAGAUAAAAGCACACACCUGGUCAUCCUCAACGGUCUCACAAAAAACACCAACAUGUAUUCUGUUUGAUAAAGAUCAACGAUUUCAUUCAUUCGGAUAUGACGCGGAGCAGAAAUACAAUGAAUUGGCAGCCGCUGGUGAGACUUGGAACUGGUACUUUUUCAAGCGUUUCAAGAUGUUGUUGUAUAAGGAUGAGGCGUUAACACGUGAGACAGUUCUCAAAGAUGACAAAGGUUUGGACAUGCCUGCAAUGACUGUGUUCACAGCGUCUAUAAAGUUCCUGAAAGACCACAUGAUAAAGGCUUGUGAAGCUGCGAACACAGGCGUACGUCCCGAAGAAAUCCACUGGGUAAUAACUGUACCCGCAAUCUGGACCGACUCUGCCAAACAAUUCAUGAGAGAGGCCGCAAUAAAUGCAGAGAUUCACACUGACAAGAUUUCAUUGAGUCUCGAACCCGAGGCAGCCAGUCUGUUUUGCAGAUACCUUCCUGUUGAAAGAGUUGACGGUGUGAACCAAACUGCAAUUAGAUCGUUUAGUAUUGGGGAUAAAUAUAUGAUACUCGAUUGUGGAGGCGGUACUGUUGAUAUAACUGUACACGAAAUACAGGAAGACAGCACAUUGAAGGAACUGGCAAAAGCAAAUGGAGGAGAGUUUGGUGGUACACAGGUAGAUGAAAAAUUUAUUCAGCUGCUGAACGAGGUAUUUGGUCCUGACGUGAUGGAAGUUAUCCAACAGCGCUACAGAGACGAUUACCUAGACGUGAUGCAAAGCUUUGAAAUAAAGAAAAGAAGAGUUUCUCCGGAAUUUACAGGUCUUGAGACAUUCCAGAUACCGUUAUCAUUUACCAGUACAUACAGAGAGCUCAAUAAUAUGGAUAUUGAGAAAAGUACUAGUAUUCCAAAACAUCCAAAAGGCAAAAUUACGUUCAACAAAGAUAAGAUGCGAGUGGAUGCUGAGGUUGUGAAGGACUUUUUCACAGAUGUUUGUGACCAGAUAAGUGGAAUAGCAAAGGAGUAUUACCAGUCUGUCAGCGAACACAAAAUUGAAAAAAUCCUAAUGGUUGGUGGAUUUAGUGAGUCCCAGAUGCUACAAGACAAGGUUCGAAAGGCGUUUCCAAAAGUUCGUGUAAUAAUACCAGAAGAAGCGGGACAAGCUGUCUUGAAAGGAGCUGUCCUUUUUGGACAUAAUCCAAAGAUGAUAACAGCUCGUGUAUGUAAAUAUUCAUACGGUAUAUGCGCAUUCAAGCAUUUUGAGCCAGGCAUUGAUCCACCGGAAAAGCGAGUCAUCCAAGGGGACAUAGUUCUAUGUAAGGACUAUUUCAGUAAGCAUGCAACGGUCGGACAGGAGUACAAGACCGAAGAAAAGGUAUGCACGCAAGAGUAUGUUCCUUCUGAAGCCAGCGGAUCUAGAAUGGAGGUAUUGGUAUACACGUCUCCCAGGAGGCACCCUUUGUAUGUGGAUGAAGAGGGAAGUAGAAAAAUAGGAGAAAUCAAUAUAUCUCUGAACGACGCAACUGGCAAAGAUAAUCCUGUAGUUGUUCAAUUUGAGUUCGGCAACACUGAAUUAAAGGUCAAGGUAAAAGAAACAAAAACUGGACAAGAGAAAGAAGCUGAUUUUGAUCUGCUAAGGAUAUAAUCAUAGACAUGAAUAAACAGAUUUUGCCAAAAGAAUGUAGGUGAGGUAGUUCUGCACGUUCCGGUCAAUUUUUCUGCAGUGUAGAAUUUGAAUAAAGCGUUUAAUUUCAAACCCAGAAUAUGCCAAGAAAAUUUGGUUUAAAAGGUAGGGUCAAGUGCUGGAGUGAUUUGAAACAUUUGGAUAUCACGCACGUCUUUUUAAAUUAAUGGUUGGUCUAUAGGAAAAUCACAUUUAUGAUAAAUUUUCACGUAUACAAGUUCUCCUACAAUGUAGAUUGUCAUGAAAUUUAUCACAUACUCUCAAUUUUAUGGUCAAGGUAAAGCAUAGGUUCGUAUGCUUCAUCCAUUUUUAUAAGAUCAGCAAAUUUUAAGCAGUUUGUUUUGGCGGCAGUAUUGACAUAUCUUUAGAAAGAAAGUAUGUUUCUUUUUUUAUCUCAACUGAGCAUGAAGUGCUCGAGGUGAGCAAUUGUGAUCGUUUACCGUCAGGCGUCCGUCCGUCCGUCUGCCCAUAUUUUUUUUCAAACAUAAUGCACUCUGAAACAAUAUGGUGGAAGUUGAUGGAAUUUGACCCAGAUUUUCUUUAUAUUGUUUUCUUCCAAAGUUGUUCAAAUGGUUCCGCUUGGUUGCACAUAGGGGCCGUUAGAGCUAAUAGAUAGAAAAAUCUUCACAAGGUAUCUCCCCCUAAACUGCUGGUCCGAUUUUGAAAUAACUCCACACAAAUAGUCCUUAUAAAACGAUUCAUGAAAAGAUAUGGCUGCAACUGGACGUGGUUAUGUUUCCCUAUAUGUAUAUAGUGUAAACAUUUAAAAUCUUCUUGUAUGAAUCUGCUGGCCCAAUUUGGAAAUAAAAAAGAUCCUCUACCAAGAUUUUCAAAUUAUUCCGAUUCGUUAAAAAUCAUGGUAACCAGAGGACGCGGCCAGUUUUCUCUAUAUGAAUGUAGUGGAAACUUUAAGAAUCUUCUUAAUGUAUGAAACUGCAGUCCCGAUUAAAAAAUAUCCCAACUUACCAAUAUUGUUCAAAUUAUUAUGAUUUGUCAAAGACAUGGCCGCCAUGGAGGUGUGAUCACUUUUAUAUAUCUGUUGAUCAAUAAUGAAUAUUUUUUGUUUUUUAUGUGUCAAAUUUAACCUUGUCACACUUUGUGUUCUUUAUCACUGGUUAUUAAUAUUACAUGACUUUUUAAUAAAAAAUUAAGACCUUGUAAAAUCAGAGUGAAGUCAGUCCAGUUCCUGGCAAGCAUUUUAAAUGUAAGUGCACAUGUACAAAAUAACUGAAACGUAUAUACUUAUGCGGUCAUUUACAUUGUAUUCUGUUUUAUUUGACCAGUUUUCCUUUAUGAUAUUUUAUUUGAACCUUACAAAAUUUGCUUUAACUGUAACGGAUUUCAAUACUUUGUAACCUUUCUUAUAUCUGCUCAAGGGGAAGGUUAUAGAAAAAAUAAGUAAAUAUGAAGCACUAUGAUAGUGUUUGUGAUAUUAUUUAAGUGUUUUUAUUUUUUCCUUGUUCUACUUUAUCGUUAUUAUUCUGAUAUAAAGUUCUCAAAAUAAAAUUUGGAAAGACAAUAACAA